GCGAACCAUGGUCGGGCCACGGGGGGAGCCUGGACCCGGAGCGGCCAGUGUCACCGCGCAGCCAGGAUCAGCGGAUGUCCUACUAAGCAGACCAGGCUGGAAAGAUGUUCUCCCUACUUCAGGGUCUCCCAAACGCCCUAGAUCCUGUCCUCCCCGCUCUUUAGCCCAACAACGUUCCCCCACGCGCAUGAGCCGGCCCGGAAGGCCUAACCCGGAAGCAGCUGCGCAGGCGCAGCGGGAGCGGAGCGGCAUGGCGUCCCAAGCCAAGAAGCGCGCCCUGGGCAGCCUGUACCCACGAGCGCCGGGAGCGCGGGCCGAGGGGGAGCACGAGGAGGCGGCGGAGGACACCGACGAGAGCGGCGACGAGAGCGGCGACAGCGACGAGGAGGAGGAGGAAGAGGAGGACGAGUUCAUCAACCAGGAGGUGACCGUUGACUUUGAGGCUCACGCGAUCUCGAGCGGCGACUCGGACGGAAUCCAGAAGCUGCUGCGGCAGCUCUUCCUGAAGGCGCCCGUGAACCUCGCCGAGCUCGCCGGCCUCCUGGCCCAGCAGACCCACGUUGGCAGCGUCAUUAAGCAAACAGAUGUUCCAGAAGAAAGUGAUGAGGAGGAUGGGGAAGAAGAGAUUUUUGGUUUCAUCAGCCUCCUGAAUUUAACGGAAAGAAAGGGUACUGGGUGUGCUGAGCAAAUUAAAGAAUUGGUUCUGAGCCUCUGUGAGAAGAACUGUGAGCAGAGCGUGGUUGAACAGCUGGAUAAGCUCUUCAAUGAUCCCUCAAAGCCUGUGGGCUUCCUGCUGAGUGAGAGAUUCAUUAAUGUCCCGCCCCAGAUCGCUCUGCCCAUGCACCAGCAGCUUCAGAAGGAACUCGUAGCGGCGCGCCAGGCCAAUCAGCCUUGUGGCAAGUGCCACUACUACCUCAUGAUCAGUAAGACAUUCCAGGAGGCCUCAGGGAGGGCCAGGAACAAGGGGAGUGUGCCGCGGAAGGGAGAGCUCAUGUUCGCCAAUGCAGAGGAGGAGUUUUUCUACGAGAAAGCCCUUCUCAAGUUCAGCUACUCAGUGCAGGAGGAGAGCGACCUGGCUUUGGGAGGCAGGUGGUCUUUUGAUGACUUGCCCAUGAAGCCCCUGCGGACGGUGAUGCUGAUUCCCGCCAGCAAGAUGAGCGCGGUCAUGGAGACGCUGAAGGAGUACCUGUCCGUCUGACCCACUGUGUGCAGCCAGCUAGUGCUUUCUGAUACACUCCCUGGAGAUUUACCGCCUGAGGAAGGACUCUUGGGGUUUGUGAAAGCCUCUAUGAUAGGACAGAUGGUUCGGUCCCCAUGGCCUUAAUUUAAUAGGUUUUUAAAAAUCUCCUUCCUUUUUGGUCAGAUACCUUGGACUAGUGAAUCAUUCACUAAAAGCUCAUUACUUCAAAAGAAAACAGAACACAUGGGUUAGGAAUUUUAAAAACUGAGCAACGACUGUUUAUUAAGGUUGCUUUAAUGAUGUACAAAGUGCUUUAUUUGUACAAAAUUAUCUCGGCUGGGUGAUUUGUCUUGCCUCCUGUUAAAUCUCUCUACAUCGCUCACACUGACAAACCAUCACAAUGAUUAACUUUGGAGUGUUUAUUGCACAGACUGUUUCAGUGUGUACUGAAUAGAAUUAAGCCCAGAAAGUCACUGAAUAACGCAUCUUGGUUCACCAGAAGCUUCAGGGCACUCUUCACAUAGUUUAUCUUUGCUUGUCUUCUGUUCCUUUUUCACUGUCGAAAUGGGGGAUAAGUGAUUGAUUACUUGCUGCAGAAUAUCCUUAUUUUCACUAGGAGGCAGAUUACUGAAAUAGUAUGGGGGGGCCAACUGCGUAAAUCUGUUGGAGCAAAAAACAAAAUGCAGCUGUUUAAAGGAAAGUCGAAACUCAGAUUAUUUAUUCAAACUCGGAGAUCCUUUGUAAAUGAUAAAUACCAAACCUCUACAGAGCUGGAUGUAACAGGUCUGCAGCCGGAUGGAUUCAGAACUCCCAGAUCAAUUUAUCGGCCCAGGCACCUGCUUAGCAGUGGGUGGGUGUCAGGUGUCCCAAGCAGGCUCUGAGGGAAAGGGGCAGGCUCCUUAAUGAGCAUCCUGGGCCCGUAAGUGCUCUGGCAGGAGGAAAUUGGAGGAUUUCUGGCUGAUGCACCAUGAGGGGAGACGCCCUCAACCUGUCUUUGCAGGUUUUUCUUAGGGAAUGGCCAGUGGCGUGGCCAAGACAACCUCUAAAAAGGGCAGGGUUGAAAAGCUGCCCCAUCAGGAGCCCUUAUUCCAAAGUCUGGCUUUGGGGCAGAAGUUCUUAACCUUCUGGGCCCCCUUCUCUAAACGUUUUAAAAUGCAUGAAUUAAGAUAACAUCGGGCUACAAAGGAAACUAAUGCUAUUGAAACACCCCCCCCCCCAAAUAUUUUUUGCCCCCCAAGAAAUCAUGUUCAGAGACCUAGGUACAGAAGGCCUGCUUUAGCAGGGAUGGUGACUUUAAAAAUAGCAAAUUUAAUGCAGCCAGUCUUCAGAAACUAUUUGGGGGAUAACCUCGAGAAAGUUAUUUCAUAUAGCAUUGUCAACACGGAAACAAAGCCCAGUGUCCUGCAGGGGGAGCCAUGUUCAAUUAAUAAAAUGUUCUAUUUUCUUAGACCACUUGUGCGUUUUCUUGUUACAGUGGCUAUUUUUGAAGAAAAAUGUUCAAAAGAAGCUUUUAUCCCGAAUAUCCCAUUAAUUAUUAAUAAAGUGUCACAUUAAUAAUGGA